AUGCCCCCUAAGCAGAUCAGUACCAGGGCCACAAAGGUCCACAGCGACUCAACCUAUGUGGAUUCGGAGCCUGAGCCUCAGCCUAUCAGCAAGCCUCGCAUUACCCUCAAGCGCGCCAAAGGUUCCCUCAACACGGGCGAAACCAACAUCCCAAUCCACACGCGCAGCGUGACCAAGAAGNNCUCUUCACAAGACCAGAUCUACAAAGAUCUUCUGUCACGUCCUGCCAACAACGAGCCCGUCACCAAGAAANNCAGCGUGUUUCUCCAAGACCUGCUCCACCAGCAGCUACCACUGGCAGAAGGUAAUUCAUAUGACUCACAAUCACCUCUUUCAGCUCAGUGUUUGCUAACUUCAUGGCUUAGCAACCAGGAUCUUUUCAACGACUACACAAAGAAUCUUGUGUCCCUGGAGAUUGACAAGCAAAUUGAGGCUUUGGACUUCUCUCAUGACAGUGGUCUUUCCGACAAAGCUCGUGUCUAUGCUAAGUACCUGUUCACUGCGCGUUACCAAGUCGAGCGCACCAAGAGCACUUGGUUGGAUCUGGCAAUGAAGAGAGUCGAUGCCAUGUCAAUGGCAGACCUCAGAACUGGUGGCAUUGAAACUGCAGUCAAGGCUGCUCUGAUUCAGGCUGUCGGCGAUGAGACCAAGAAUCAGGCCGUGAUGUUCGGUUCCAACGCCAGAGACAUCAUCAAGAUGCUCAGAAAGGAGGACUAA